CACACACACACACACACCAGCACAGGUAUCGCGGAAGUGACGACACGGAGCACGGAAGGAGGGGGGGAUGAAGCGUUUCAGAGAGCAAGAUGGCAGCAAAAUCCGAUGGCGUGGGGGUCGUUGCCGGUUUCGCCCAGCUGCACAACCUGGACGAAGCGGUCGGCGACGAGGAUGCGCUGGACAGCUCGGCCAUACACAUCUGUCACUGCUGCAACACGUCGUCGUGUUACUGGGGCUGCAGGAGCGCGUGUCUGCAGUCGCUGCUGGGCGACAGGGAUGCUGGAGAACGCGGGCGGCCGCAGCAUCAGCAGCAGCCGGAAGAGCGCCUGUGGCUGGACUGCCUCUGGAUCGUCCUCGCGCUGCUCGUCUUCUUCUGGGACGUCGGGACGGACUUGUGGCUGGCCAUAGACUACUACUCCAAACGGGACUAUCUGUGGUUCGGGCUCACGCUGUUCUUCGUGCUGGUGCCGUCGGUGCUGGUCCAGAUUCUAAGCUUCAGGUGGUUCGUCCAGGAUUACACGGGCGGUGGGCUCGGGGCCGUGGAGGGGCUCAGCAGGAAAGCCACGGCGGAUCUGAGCUCGCGCAUCUACGGCAGGGACAGGUGCUGUGUGAUUUCGAUAUGGAUAUGGCAUGCCUGUGUGCACAUCCUUCAGAUGGGACAAGUGUGGAGGUAUAUCCGCACGAUGUACCUAGGCAUCCAGAGUCGGCGACAGAAGGAACACAGGCGGCGCUUCUACUGGGCGAUGAUGUACGAGUAUGCUGACGUCAACAUGCUACGUCUGCUGGAGACGUUUUUGGAGAGUGCCCCCCAACUGGUGCUACAACUCUGCAUAAUGAUCCAGAAGAACCGGGCCGAGACACUGCAGUGUGUCUCCUCUGUUGCCUCCCUGCUCUCACUGGCUUGGGUCAUGGCUUCGUAUCACAAGCUCUUGCGUGAUUCCAGAGAUGACAAAAAGAGCAUGAGCUACAGGGGCGCACUGAUCCAUAUCUUCUGGAGGCUUUUCACAAUAUCCUCUCGGGUGCUCUCCUUCGCUCUCUUCGCUUCCAUCUUCCACAUCUACUUCGGCAUAUUCGUGGUUGUGCACUGGUGUGCCAUGGCGUUCUGGAUUGUGCACGGAGGCACAGAUUUUUGCAUGUCCAAAUGGGAAGAGGUGCUCUUCAACAUGGUGGUGGGCAUUGUCUACAUCUUCUGCUGGUUCAACGUGAAGGAGGGCCGAACCCGGUACCGCAUGGUGAUCUACUACUUUGUGGUGCUUGCCGAAAAUACGGUGCUUACUUGCCUGUGGUACGCCUACCGAGACCCAGUCACUACUGACUCCUAUGCAGUGCCGGUGCUCUGCGGAGUUUACCUAACCUUCGCCUCAGGGGUGGUUUUCAUGGGCAUCUACUAUGGGUUCCUUCAUCCGAUGGGACCUAAAAUAAGGGUGCUAGCUAGCUCCUGUUGUGCUGAGCUUCUUUGGGGACUUCCAUUACCCCCGGAGGCCGAGCCCAUGGCACCCACUCCUGGUCCGCGAGCGUCCCAACGCACUCCCACUCGGGCUUCCACGGGGGCCUUUGGCCUGCCGGAUGAUGCCACAGGAGACACCUGCCUGCCCGUGUUUCAGGUGCGCUCGCCCGAGCCCACCACUCCCUUGGGCCGUUACAGGCCGGAGGGACCUCUGAUCAAGAUCGACAUGCCCAGGAAACGCUACCCGGCCUGGGAUGCGCACUUCGUGGACAGGCGCUUGAGAAGGACGAUAAACAUCCUGCAGUUCAUCACGCCCGCGACCGUCGGAAUCAGGUACAGGGACGGACCGCUGCUGUACGAGCUCCUGCAGUAUGAGUCAUCCCUGUGAUGGCUGGCUCUCUCCUCCAUUUAGUUUCAGAUCUGCCACAUUUCUCAAAAUGCAUGCCAUUUUGGUUUCCAGAUAAAUUAUAUAAAUGUAUGUAAAAGAGGAACAGCAAGUGUAAGCAUCAAGCAUUACACUUUUCUUUUACGUGAAUAGCCUCCUGAAGAUGUGUAUAUAUUUUGUAUGUAUAUACUGUCUCUUUUUUACAAUAUCUGUGUGAAAUGUGUCCCCAUGAAGGGAUAUGAAUGCGUCAUGGUGUUUACAGCCAGCGGAAACCAUUACAUUGGAAAAAUGGAGAUCGGUUGACCACAUCAACACCGCCUUGGGUUUUUAACAACUUUUAUUAAUCUGUACUAACUGAUCUGAUAUUUCAGAGCUUAUUUUCACACUUUCAUCGAUCGAUAUGCUCAAGUUGACGUUUAUAUACAGAAAGUACCUGCUAUACCUAGAACUUUCCACUUGAAUAAAGGGGCGUUCACAUUGACAGUGAUUUGCAUGGACAAUGCAACAGGAAGUCACUUAUUUUCAGUAAGAGUUAUAGAUUUUCGCCUUCUAGCAAACUACAGUAGAGCGAUUUGGCGACCUCUAGUGAAUUAAUCGCUGCACACGCCUCUUUAGACUGACCUCUACAGGCAAGAUUCUACUUCCUGUCAGACAAAAUCCAAGUGGCAUUCAUUGUCUGUUUGCCUUAAAAUCUGUAUUUAGCUUGUUAAAGUGUCUUUAUUCUUUGGUUAUUAAAGAAAUACCUCAUUGACUCUGUAUAGCACAGUUUAAGUCCAUUUAACCCUUUGCACAAUAUGAUUAAAAUGAACCUUGCACUGAGAAUCAUGUUAGACCUGUAUAGUUUAGUGGGAAUUUAGAAUAAUAAUAAAGCACAUAACUUGUGGUUUUGAAGGAACCGUUUUGUACAGUGAAUAGCACAUUGAAUUGAUGAUUUUAAAUUAUUUGUUCUUAGUUAUUGGUUAUAUGUUUUUGCUUUAUAGCUAUGUUCACACCGCAAGCCAAAAUCUCUCAUUCUGAUUUUCAGCUCAGACUUUUUUUUAAAUAAUAUUUAUAAUAUUAAAUACCAGUAAAUAUUAUUUAAAAAAAAAGUUUAAUAAUAUUAUUUAUUUAUUAAUAUUUAUUCUAAUUAAUGUAUUUAUUGUCAUUUAAUAUUAUUUAUUUUUUUUAUUUAUGUAAUUUUAAAUUAUAUGAUAUAUUUUUUUAUAAGCAGAAAUUUUAUAUUUAUUAUUAUUUAGGAGAAUUAGCAUUGUGCCACUGACCAUUUUUGCUUUUCCCCAUCUUCACUCCAAGGAUGAAAGUGUGCAAUCAUGACAAAUUUUGAGUUCAAAUGGUCGGCACUGUGUUCACACACAUGAGCAGAAAACAAAUCAGACUUGGCCUAGAUUCAGCUGCGGUGUGAACGUAGCCCGUGUUCCUUAUCUCAGCAGAAAUAAGCACAGAAAACCCUUGACAAGGUGGCGUUGUAUGAACGGUCCUCUCCAUUAUUUCAACCUCUUUUCGAGCAUUUAGACUGCAUAGUGUAUACGGUUGCUGCUCUCAUCUGUUUGUCUAGUGUCGUCAUCUAAAAUUCCAAGUAAUAAACUUGUGAGGUGCAGAAAUGUGGCUGUGGUUCUCUGAGGAACCCUGGCCCACAUAUUUUUCCUAUGUGUAAUGACUUAAUUGUCAGUUUUUUACCAUUUAUUUUAUUCUAAGGUGCAAAAAGAUGCUAAGCUAAUGGCAUUUGAAGUUAUCUUUGCCUGAAUAUACCUGAGUGUAUUUACACAAGUAACCGUGGCAGAGUCUCACCAUAGGAGGAUUUUGCGAUCGUCUGAAAAGAGGAUGAUAAUUGCCUCAACACACAGGGCUUGCUGCUGCCCGCAGCACGAAACAAAGCCAAAUCACAUCCUCUACUGUAACACUACUGUCUCUCUCUGCUAUUGGUGCACCAGGCCGCCUGUCAAGCUCAUCCUCCUUGCUGAUUGGUGCUUAUAGGGAAGCAUUUAUUUCUUAACAACUAAGCAUGCAGACAGUUUUUUGGUGCUACAUUUAUUCAUUUCUUUUGUAUUAUUUUGCCAUGUGGAAGUUUUAAAGGUGCACUAAGUUUUUUUUUUUUUUUUUUUUUUUUUACUUUAAAAACAUUUUACCCCUAAAUAAAUAAAUAAAUAAACUUCUGAAAAAUGUUUAAAAUGACGCACAUACAAAGAAACCGUGCUCUUGUUGCGAAAUGCAUGAGGUGUCAAUCGAUUUCACUAUGGCUUGACAUUGUUACAUGUUGCAAUAGCCUAAUUUAAGUAUAAAAAUAAAAAGCUCACAAAUAUUGAGCAAAAUAGCACAUUUUUAAUGAGGCUGAACUAUUUUAACAAAUGCAUUUUGGUAUUGAAUAAAUUAAGUAUAAUUACAAUCAACAUUUGCCAUCUCGAAUGGAUUUUUUUCACUGAGCUUAUGCAUUACAGUGCAUCAAAUGCUACCCUUUGAAUUUGUUAAAUUUGACCAAAAGACAUUAGCUGUGUCUCAAUUCAGAGGCUGCAUCCUUCGAUGUCUGCGAAGGUCAAACCUAGCAUUGUCAAUUAUAGGUCAAAAUAUUCAACUGUCUGAAAACAAUAUGUUCGCCUUGGUCCAUAUUAUGUAUAUUAUGUACAUAUUAAAGAGUAUAAACUGUCUAUAAAAUCACAUAUUGAUAAGAUAUGUCAACAUUUGAACAGCUUUAAAGUGUAUAUUUAAAAAAAUAUUUGUAUCAUUAGAUGUUCGAGUAAGUUGAAACCCAACAAUACUUGCAUAUAAAAGUGUAAUCCGGCAUUUUCUCUCUCUCUCUCAAAAAAAAAAAUCCAAUCGUUACCAGUGCGCAAUGAAUCUUGGGAUAGGCUAGGCUGUGAAGGAUCCACUCAUUCUAUCCUUCGUGACCCAUGCAGGAAAAAAGGAGGGAUUUGUAGGACGGCCUCUUUCAGGCUGCUAUGAUGCAAGCAGCCUUUGAAGGAUGCAGCCUCUGAAUUGAGACGCAACUAUUAUCUUAGAAGGAAGCAUGAUUUAUAUUCAAAAGUAACCUUGCUUUAUUUAUUUUUUGGGUCAGUGCAGCAUUUAAAUUGGCUGCAUUGGCCAGUUAAACUCAAAGCUUGGUGCACCUUUAACUGUGAAUUGUCUCCAAUGUCAUGGCACUUGCUUUUCACACAAAUUUAUUGCAAUUUUAAGUUUCCAAAUAAGAGCAAACCUAAAGCAGCGCUGGCUUGGUGCACCACAUACAUGCACAGGAGAUCACUUAUGUCCUUGACUCCAUUGUGCCUGCUUUGAUCCCAACAACCAGAUGCCAUACAGGUGCAUCCAGCAGGUGAAAAGGGUUCUUGCCAGGUUGGAAAAAGAGCUUGAGAAUAAUCACUAAUUGGCGUGAUUUUCCCUAAAGUUGUCAUUGGAUUGCUGGAAGCUCUUUUACGCUGCUUCUCUCUAGACUCGGCUUCCUCCCUGGUUGCUGCUAGCCCUUCCCUCACAUUAACGUGUGGCUCAGGUGUAUUCUGGUGCAGAUAUUUAUGUUUUAGAUUUCCCUUCAAGUAUAAAUCUAUAGUAAUAGGUCAUUCUGAGGUAUUCUAGGACAGUCCUCCUCCAGCGUUCAUUUCAUGACUGUGUGUGUGUUUUCUCUGCAUGUUUUGCUUUGAUUUUGCUCAUCCGCAGCAUUCUGGACCACUGUUGUUUGCUGGAGAAACCUGCAUCUUUUCAUGGUUAGUGUUUUUUUAUUUAUUUAUUUUUUUUAUGUUUUUGAUGGCUGCCAGAUGUGCCGUAUGUUCACUGGUGCAUCUUCACUCACGCACAUCUGUGCUGUAAAUAUUAGUCACCUAUUGGCCUCCUCUGGGCGCUAAUACACUGUGAUUAGUUCUCCUUCUAACCAAGCAGUAAACAUUCAAAUGCAUUCAGCUUGUUAAUGUUGAGUCCAACGUUUCGAAACAAGCUUCCGCUGCUGAGGACUGACUUUUGAAAUAAAACCACGCUGAAAACACCUCAAAUAUUACUGUUGUCCUGUUAAACAGUACCUGCAAUGAUACGUAUGAAGUCAAAAUCGAUUUUUUUGUUUACUCAGGCCUUUUUUUCUCCUUCCUCUGACAGACUGAAAUUUUCAUCAGCUGUCAUCAGAAAAUGCAAGGGCUUCCUUGAUAUGGACAGAAAACCGCAACAGUAUUGCAGCGUUCAGUUAAUAAUAGAGAUGUAUAUUAUAAUGAAACAUUCAUUAUUAUACAUUGUAUUAUUCUAAUGAAGCAUUUGGUUAAUGCCACCAUGGACUAUAGCCUAUGGGAUUUUCACAGACAUCUUAAAGAUGGCAUCCAUAAUGAUGUCAUCAUUAGGAUGUGAUUUCGAUAGAAAUGUUCAUUUGCCAUUAUUUCAUUUUUCACCCAUUUAUUUUACCCUGUGGUGCCUUAUCUAACCGCCAAGGCAACCAGUUCAGCAAACAACAAUGCCAGUAUAUUUCUAUUUUUUUUUCUUUCAAAUGUGCCAAUGCAGUAAAUGGAACUGUACAUAAACACAUGUAACAUAGCAACACGACAGAAUGAUGAUGUAAACAUUCCAGCGCGAGCACUUCUGGUUCUGGGGUGUGACUGCAUUGGAAUAGACGCUUCACAGAUGGCGGUGAAGCAAUACUAGACAUUGGCCUUGUGAAAAAUGACAGAAUAAACAAUUGUUGGUCCAUUGUGAGAGGCAAACUUUAGGGCUAAAGUUCAUUUCUGUAUGUGAUGUCCAGUAUUGCUUCACCAUUCUUGAGAACAAUAUCUUCAAGGUGCUAAAACUGAACCAUGUUUUGUAUAUUAUGUUUUAAAUGUAUAGAUUUGUUCUUGUAAAGCCUUACCUUGUACCGAUCGACGUAUCAGACUGUUCAUCCAAAAAAAAAAAAAAAUUACAGAACAGUGUAUAAUGUACAGUAGAAAUACAUUUUUGUUAUGUACAGACAAAAAAGUUUUUUUUUUUUUUUUAAUUAUAUCGUUUUGUUUUUGUGAUUCGGUGGGAACUGCUUGAUGAAUAUGACAUAGACAUUACAGUGUUGCUUUUGUAUAGAAUGUUUCUGGUAACCCUGUAAUGCUACAUUAGCAGUUAGAAUAGGCGUCGAAAUAUGUUUUUAUUGUUUGUUUUUUCAUUUUAAACUCUCCUUGGCAUUGAAAUACUAGAGGAUUUGUUGUUCACCUCAUGUAAGACUUUUUUUUACUAAAAUGGUUACAUUAAUUUGAUCUUUUCUUUCUCAAUUUGAAAGUGAUUCACAUAAAUGUGUUUUACUAACAUUCUAUACAACAUGUAAAUAAGUUACUUUAUGUUCAAGCAGUUUUGUGCGAAGAACAGGUUCAAUGCUCAACAACAGUAAAUUAGUACAAAUUCAGCAUUCAAAAUACAGUUCCUCAAUUCCA